UCAACAUGGCAUCAGAACAACAAAUCUUCAAAGGAACACAAGAGGAGUCUUCAAAUCCUCCUUCUCUAUCUAUACAAGAGCUACAAAUCCUAACCGACAAUACCAUACCGAGCCACCAAGACGAGGCCAAGAUAGCGUUAACAGAGUUCGAGAACGUUCAGAAACGGUACAAAGACCUUAUGGCCACGUUGCCUCACGCGAAAGGCUGGUUUGAGAAGGCUCCGUUCAUCGGAUAUGGUGGUCACUGGAUCAUAGAGCCUCUCCUUGCAGGUUGCCUUCACGCGCAAGACUUCUUCCAAGCGAGGCCCGUUGACUUUUUCAUUUGUACCUACCCAAAGUCAGGUACCACUUGGCUCAAAGCCCUAGCUUUCUCUAUUGUUAACCGAUCUCGCUUCGACGAUGAUUCUUCUAACCCUCUCCUAAAACGUAACCCUCACGAGCUUGUUCCCUUCAUUGAGAUGGAGCUUGCUUUCUUUCCACAAGUUGAUGUUGUUAAAGACAAAGGGAACACUCUGUUUUCGACUCAUAUGCCUCACGGGUUACUACCCGAAUCGAUUUUAAAAUCGGGUUGCAAGAUGGUUUAUAUAUGGAGAGAUCCCAAGGACACUUUCAUCUCAAUGUGGACUUUCUUCCAAAAGCAAAAUUUUGGAAGUGGCACUCUCAAUAGUCUUGAGGAGUGUUUUGAUAUGUUCUGUCGUGGUUUCUCGGGGUACGGUCCUUAUCUAGAUCAUGUCAUGUCGUAUUGGAAUGCUUACAAAGAGAAUCCAAAUAAUAUUUUGUUCCUCAAGUACGAGACAAUGAGAAGUGAUCCUCUACCGUAUGUUAGAAGAUUGGCUGAGUUUAUGGGUUAUGGAUUUACACCUGAGGAAGAGGAGAAAGGGGUUGUUGAGAAAGUUGUGAAUCUUUGCAGCUUUGAGACGUUGAGGAAUCUUGAGGCAAACAAAGGAGAGACAUAUAGACAAGACAUUCCUGUUAGUGCUUAUCAGAACAGCGCCUAUUUCAGGAAGGGAAAGGUCGGAGACUGGCAGACCUAUCUGACUCCGGAGAUGGCAGCUCGGAUGGAUGGAUUGAUGGAAGAGAAAUUCAAGGGCACAGGUUUGCUUGAACACUGUAAAUGAUCACUUUGUAUUUGGGGGCAAUGACUGAUCCUUGCUACGUUUACUUACAGCACAAGUUUGCUUAUAAAAUGAAAUCAAGUUAUAUAUUGGAGGAAUAAAUGUUGUUUCUGUUUUCAUCCAAAUGUAUUACACAU